CGUCCUUCCUCUUCUGGAGGCGCUCGGGGACUGGGAGUCAUGUGUACUCCGAGUCACGUGAGCUCCGGCGCCACGUGACAACCUUCCUCCCGCCCCAGUGCCUACGGUCCUGUGGGGCGGUGGCGGUCAAUGCCGGGUCAAGGUCUGCGGGCCUCGCGGGUCGUAGCCCGGGCGCACGCGAUCAGAUGAUCCUGGUGUGGACGUUCAAGUUCUAAGCGGGAUGGCUGAGCGAGCGGCGCUAGGACCCCCGGGCAGAAGCUCGGGGAAGGCAGCCCCGGGGGAAAUGCCUUACAAGGUUCACUUGUUGUCACCAUCCGAGCCCGGCGCCCAAAAUAGCCCCGGGCGCCCGCUGGCCUGCCUCGUGGCUGGGAGAUGGCUGCCGCCUCCGAGCCCGUGGAUUCGGGUGCAUUCUGGGGACCGGUGCGCCCGGAGCCCCCUCCCACCCGCUUCCAUCGGGUGCACGGUGCCAACAUCCGCGUGGACCCCUCUGGGACGCGGGCCACACGUGUGGAGAGCUUUGCCCACGGCGUGUGUUUCAGCCGCGAGCCGCUGGCCCCUGGACAGGUCUUCCUGGUCGAGAUCGAAGAGAAAGAGCUGGGCUGGUGCGGACAUCUGCGUCUCGGCCUGACUGCGCUGGACCCCGCCAGUCUGGCCGCAGUGCCCGAGUUUUCUCUUCCCGACCUGGUUAACCUGGGCCACACCUGGGUCUUCGCCAUCACGCGCCACCACAACCGCGUGCCCCGGGAGGACAGCCAGGAGGCGGUGGCGGAGGCAGCGGCCCCCAGCCGACCUCCCGCCCUCGUAGUGGAACCAUAUCUGUGCAUUGAGCAGUUUCGCAUUCCCCGGGACCGCCUGGUGGGCCGGAGCCGGCCAGGGCUCUACAGCCACCUCUUGGACCAGCUCUAUGAGCUGAACGUGCUGCCUCCGACCGCGCGCCGUAGUCGCCUGGGCGUCCUCUUCUGCCCGCGCCCGGAUGGCACGGCCGACAUGCACAUCGUCAUCAACGGCGAGGACAUGGGCCCGAGCGCCCGGGGGCUGCCAGCUGCACAGCCCCUCUACGCGGUGGUGGACGUGUUUGCUUCCACCAAGAGCGUGCGCCUUGUCCAGCUCGAGUAUGGCUUGCCGUCCCUGCAGACUCUGUGCCGCCUAGUGAUACAGCGGAGCCUGGUGCACCGGCUAGCCAUUGAUGGGCUCCACCUGCCCAAAGAACUUAAGGAUUUCUGCAAAUAUGAGUGAAGACCUGCAGCGCACUGGAGCAGGACUGCAUCCGGGGGCCCCAGACCUGUGGCUGGCUGGUCUGAAGUUGGCCACACUGCUGCCAGGCAGGACCAGAAAUAAACAGCUGAUGCUGACAUCUUGA